UUAAUUUUAGUUUGUGUUACCAUUGACCAGAAUGGAAAAUGAUUACUGGGGAAUUUUGUCUAUUUUCCAUGAGGGGACAUUCGUGGCUGGACCCCUUUUUGAGUACAAAGGGGGAAUAUGUACAGAACAAGCAUUUGACUGUGAUAGGUUGAAUGUUGAUGUUAUUAUGGAUUUCAUUGUAGGUUUAGGAUACGAGGACGUUAUGAUUAAAAAUGUUUACUACAAAGGAAUGUUAGCAAGCAUGCCUAGGCAUUUAAAGUCUUUGGCAGGUGGUGAUAGUAUUAGGGAUAUUAUGAGGAUUGUCAGAGAAGAGGUGAUAUGUGAGUUUUAUGUGGACCAUGAGGUUAAUCUUGCUGAAAUUGCUUCUUUAGCAAUAGGUUGGAUUGAUAAUAAUGUAGUUUAUGAGGAUUGGGAACCGCAAGAUAGGGUAGGCCAGAAUGGUAACAAUGAAGUUAAUGAGGGAGAAGAGGAAUGUGACAUAACCCAAGAUAGGGCAAUUGGUGGCAAUAAGGGUAAAUUUGGAAAUACAUAUGAAAGAAGUGAAUGCAAUAAUAGAGGUGGCUAUGAAGAAGAGUGUUCUAUUGAUGAUUGGAGCUCAAUAGAUGAAGAAGUAGAUCCUAUUGAUGGUAGUGACAAAGAUGAUGAUGUAGCCAUUGUUGUGAAGGCUACUGCAAGGUCUUUAAUGAGAUCAACAGAAGGAUUAGAAGUUCCUCCAGGUUUUCCAACACCAAAAAUAGGGGUUAGGUACAAAACUGUUUCAAAGAAGCCUACUCCUAGAUCUACUCCCACAAAGAAAGCAACAUAUCCAACCUUAACAUACACAAGCAAAGGGGUUCCAACAGAUCCUGUUGAGAAGGCCAGAAGGAGAAAGGAAAAGGCCAAGCUUGCAGAGAUGAGUGAUAAUGAUGGGAGAGAUAGUGAAUAUGCUCCAAGUGAUGUUGCUGGCAAGUUGAGAGACUCAUCAACAGAUUCUAAAGAUGACAUUUUUCUUGCUCCUAGGGCAGCAGAUAGACCAAGGAGAGCUACAAAUGUCUACUUUAAUCUUGCUUGGGAGAUGUACGCAAUUACCUGGGUUGUUGUUGAGUCAGAAAACAAUGAUUCUUGGCAAUGGCUCAUGGAAAAGCUUGCACAUGAUUUAGAGUUGGGUGAUGGACAGGGUUACACUAUGAUUACUGAUAAACAUCGAGUAAGCGUUAUUAAUGCAAAGGCAGAGGUCUUACCAUUGAUAAUGCAUAAAUAUUGUGCAAGGCACCUCUACUACAAUCUUGCAAGGCGAAAUAGAGGUUAUGACAUCAAGUUUACAUUUUGGUUGGCAUGUAGGGCAACCAAUGAGUUCGACUAUCUAGACAAAAUGGAUGCUUUGAGGGCAUUGUCUGAGGAGGCUUAUGCUGAACUGAAUGAACUGCUUGGUAAUUUCUGGUGCAAAGCCUUUUUUGAUGAGCAUUCAUUGGAAUGCCUAAGAGGGAAUGAAGUGUUGAAAAGGAGGCUAGAAGGAGGAUGUUUGCCACCAGAGAUGAGAUCAAUGCCAAGGCACCCUAAAAGGAGUAGAAUAAAGGCAAAGGAUGAGCCUAAGAAAAGUAAGAAGGGGAAAUUGACCAAGUUAUCAAAGCAUGGAUCUAUUUACACUUAUAGUGUGUGUGGUGAACAAGGGCACAACAAAGCUAGAUGUCCACACAAAGAAAAAGAAGAAGCAAGCCCUAGUCAAACUAAGGUACCUUUGCUGUUGCACUCUAUUUGUGCAAUGUUAUACUUUAUUUAUGCAAGGUAACUUUGACAUGUUAACUUUAUUUAAUGGCAGGUCAAGAAAACAUGUAAAAAGAGUUCAAAAGCAAUAAAAAAGAACACCAAGGUUGGUAAAAAAUGUGAUAAUGUUUGUCUGGGAGGGGUUGAAGGAAGAACAAGCAGCAAAGCUAAACGAAAGAUUAAUGAUAGUGUAAGAAAAAAUAACAAUAUUU